AAUAUGAUUAUCCCCAAUGUUUGUGCUAUCUUCUUCCUACUAGCCGUUUUCUCACAGGCUUCGCAUUCGACUGAAAUGACUGAAGAAAAGCAUCCAAGUAGAAUGAAACGACAAUCCUAUACCAACAAUGAUGUGGGAAAUGCGUUCAUUGACAGCGUAUUCAAUAUUCCGAUUUCGACGUUGAAUGCGGUCGGUCAGCUGAUCAAGAACUCGCGGCCGGUCGUUCAGGAGGUGCGACGCCGGGCAGAGCAGCAAUACAGCCAAUACCAGGAGAACCGACGCAGGACGUCGACCACCGUCCAACAUCGACCUGCGUCGUACGACGCCACGACCACGACGCAGAACAGCCGCCGAACUGGCCGCUAUUCGGCCCGCUUAUGAUGGAUCAGCCUACCGAAUAUAGACCGACUCUCUCACAUUAAUCUACUGUAAAUAAGUUUAUUGGUUUGAAGAGACAUACACUCUCUCACAUUAAUCUAUUGUAAAUAAGUUUAUUAAUUUGAAGAGAC